GGCUGAUAGAAAGGAAGACUUGUGGUGUGCAGUACGCAGACCCCGUGGCCGACCUGCUGGACCGCUGGGGCGUCUUCCGCGCCCGGCUCUUCAGGGAGUCCUGCGUGUUCCACCGUGGCAGCUACGUGAAGGACCUGAGCCGCCUGGGCCGCGAGCUGAGCCAGGUCAUCAUCGUAGACAACUCGCCCGCCUCCUACGCCUUCCACCCCGAGAACGCGGUGCCCGUCCAGUCCUGGUUCGACGACAUGGCCGACACGGAGCUGCUGGACCUCAUCCCGUUCUUUGAGGGGCUCAGCCAAGAGGACGACGUGUACCCCGUGCUCCACAAGCUCUGCGACAGGUAGCGCCCCGCCCCCUGGGCCCAGCUGUGCCAUUCCAGAACGUUCCACUCAGGGGAUCCCCUC